GUCGAGAGAGGACCAUAACACGGCGCUAGGCAACUGACGCCGUGUGCAGUCACUGGUUACCUACAUGAUCAGGUUAACCUGUUCCUCAAAGCGGCACCUCUCACUUAUUGGCUGAUGUGGCCUAUUAUUCCUGAGUGACGGAUCUGGCGGAUUAAAACGAUGCAGAGAGGGAGAGGCGAGUCGGGGCCAGAGCUGUUGAGAUUUUGGGAGUGAAGUCACAGCGCUGGAGCAGAGCGACCUCAAGAACAGCAAAACACACGAACAAACGUAUUACAAGCCCAGUGGCUCGCAGGAGGAGAAGAUGUGGCUCUUCGAAAAAAUUCGAGGCUCGGUGGAGAACAACUUGAAUCGCGCUGGUGACGCCGGCGGCAGGGAGAAGCAGCCCAAGGGUCCCAUGUUCAGUAAUGUGUUGACUCCAGAUAAAAUCCCUGAUUUCUUCAUCCCUCCCAAAUUUCCAAACAGCGCGUCCGAGGGGGCGUCCGCCGAGAAUGCCGAAAACCGGCAGAAGAAGUCAAACUUGAGAGCCUCCACCUCCGAGCAGAUCUUCAUCACUAAAAAACCCCAAGGCAGCCCCAGGAUGAAGAGCAAAACCACUUCCGAGGCUGGCAGCAACUUGUUGAAGGUGGCCAACCGGCACAUCAUUCAGAUCGAGAGUGCGGAUGAAGCCAACCCUGAUGACUUGACCGAGUCUGGUUGCAACACCAACUAUGACCCUCAGUCGCAGAGUGCCAUGUCUCUCCCUUACAUCCCAUUGACACAGACUUCCUAUGGCUUUUCCACUUUGGUGGAAAGUCCUCACACCAGGCGAAAGGAGUCACUAUUCCAUGCUGAUCAUGGGAGCCCUAUGACCUCGCCCAGUUCUCCAAGAAAGCGCCCAUCUGGCCACCGAAACAAUGGGGAGAGCCAACAUCUCAACCCACCAGAGUUUAGCCUGUCCCUGGCCAGCACCUACAGAUACUUCAGUGGUGGAGACAGUGAUACUGCCUCCUCUGCAGAGUCCUCCCCCUUCAACUCGCCCCUUCUCUCCCGUUCGGUCUCAGGGGCAUCUCUGCUCAAGAUGUUCAGCCAUGAAAAUCUGGCCAAGCACUGCAAGCCUCUGCAGUCAUUCACCCGCAACAGCUCCUUGUCCACAGAUGAAUGCAGCUCCACGGAUGCCAGUCCGAACAUCUCCAAAAGGAUCAGGUGUCCCACACCUCCAGCUGGUGGUCCUCCAGCUCCACAAGGGGUUCUUCCUCUGAGUUUGCUCCAUUAUCAAGACCGAGUCCAUAAGGAGCACACCAUCCACCUCAAUAGAGGGGGUGCCAUCAGGCUAGCUGCUGAAUACGAUUCCACCAACGCCCGCCUUCGCAUCCGGAUAAUCACUGCUGAAGACCUUUAUGACAAGACUUUGGACAACAAAAGCAUCAACUGUUGUGUCAUUUUGUACCUGAAUCCCGGAAAGAUCCAGAAGCAGCGCAGCACCAUCAUCAAGAAUAGCAGAAACCCCAUUUUCAAUGAAGAUUUCUUUUUCGAUGGACUCCCACUUGAUGAGUUUAAGAGGGCAGCUUUGAAGCUGAAAGUCGUCAACAAAGCCUCCACCCUCAAGCGUGAUGCAGUCCUUGGUGAGAAAGAACUGAAAUUGUCUUUGUUGCUCCCUUUCUUCUGAUAUUGACCAGUUUUCUGCUUGGGGGAUGUUGUGACACAUUCCCACACUUGGUCAAUAAAAGGCUGCUCUCCUGUCUUUAGCUGAUAUUUGAUUAACUUAAGAAAUUGCAUGUCUAAUUGAAAAAUCUUGAACUUUCACAGAGCUAAAGGUAUGAGUUAUCAAACUCAGAUGGAUGAUGAAAAUCGUGUUUACUUGAGUUAGGCCCCCAGAGGAAGUUCAUAUGUUUAUAAACCUAUUUAUGAAUAUUAUUAUCACCAUUGAAGGAGCUGGUGCAACAACGGAGAAGAAGGACAUUGCAUUGAGAAGAGGCUCUUCUAAGAUGUUACUGAGUUGCAUUGCUAGGAGAGGACUGGUCUCUCCACUGGCACUGAUCCAUAAUCCACUAAGCAUACUGAUGACAAACCCAACAGUUCUGCAUCAAAUUGAUGAAAAGACCCACUUUCUUUUGUUCAGAAAAAUACUACGAAGAUUCUCUGGGGCUCUGCACACAUCCUGUGAAUUAUGAAGUACUUUUAUGAUGUUAGAAUUAUCAGAUCCGAGGGCUCUGAAAAGUUUCAUUGGAGACUUGUACUGUAAAUGCUCACUUCCAGUGUGCAGACUGUGGGGAAGUUUUGAUCAACUGUGGAGAACUGAUCUGAGAUUUUCAUUCCUUCCCACCCAAAGCUAGAUGUUAAAGUUGAAGACGGUCAUAAAUGUGAGCAGGAGGAAGGAGUCAUGGAAAACUGAGAUGUACUUAGCUUUUCUUAAAAUUUUAAGACUGAAAUGUACAUAUUGUGAGAGUUAAAUGUAAAACGUUCACUAAUCAUUUGUGAAGUAUGUAUCAUUCAGGCUUGAGUAUAAAGUAUCAGUGAUAUUUUGAUGAUAUAACUUGUUUCUGAGUACAUAUUAUAUGCACAGAGUUUAUUGGGGAAAUGUGCCACAAGAUCUUUUACUUAAUAAUUUGUUAAAGUAUCCACUGCCAUGGAAGAUUGGGAAUAGAAAAGUAUUAUUAUCCCUUUUACUUCUGGCAGAUUUUUUUGUAAAUGGAUGCAUGGUAUCUAUAUAAUACUGCCUGAUUUAAAGUAUAUUCAUGCGUGAGUGUGACUUAAUAAAGGUAAGUUUCUAAAUAGUGUAUGAUAGAUUGGUGUUUCUGUGUAGCACAGUAAUACCAUUGUGUGCAUGUUUGGUGAAAAAUAAAGUAUAAUGCUGAUCACUGACAUUGACUGAGAAAGUUAUAGUGAUACUCUGAUUGUAUCUGGAUUUUUAUGAUAGCACCAAGAAGCCAUACAUCUUUAUUAGUGUCUGACUUACUGUUGCAAAAUCAAAUUUGUAUUUAUUGAUUUAUUUUCAUUAAUCUUAAUGGUAGGGAUAUAGACAUAGCAUUGGACCAAUAAAUGGUUUGAAAUAGCUUUGGAAAGUAAUUUAUGUGGGUGAAAGAAACAAGAUAUUGUAUCUUUAUUUAUUUCUAACUGGAUUAACCAAAGGAGGGCUGGAACUAAAUCAGCUUACCAAAAUCAUCUGGGACCCAGUGCCAAUGUAAAAAUGAUAGCUUUGGCAUUUGAAAGUCACAUUUAAGUAUUACAAUGACUUGCUCAGUUCUGCAAUGCACAUAAAUGAAAUUUUAAAAAAACAGAAGUGCAACCAGCAACUCCACCUUAUUUGCAGAGCAAAAAAUUGAUUGAAUUAAAAAAAAAUCUGCCUCUAAAUUCAUGGCAAACAAUUUGUAGUAUGUUGUCUUUUAGGAUUAUUAAAAGGCAUUCCACUCUUGCUGCAUUUCUAAUGAGCCUCAUGUUGUUUGGUUAAAUCAGGCAAUGAAUAAUCUAUUUCCCAAUCCUAGAAGACUUUUAAAAAAAAACGGCCAGUUUUGACCAGUGUAAGCUCAUCACUUUUUAACUCCGAUCUCAGGAUCAUAGAAAAUUUAUGGCAUAGAAUGGAUCAUUUUAAUUAAUAGAUUUCACAAAGAGCACAAGCUGAGCUGCUGUCAUGGAAAUAAAUCUUUUAUAAGUAAUUUGUAUGAAAUCCUUCAUAAAUCAUACAUAUUCUAAGGAACUUAGAUAAACCUAAAUUACUAUUUAAUUCUUUAUUAAGUAAAUGAGAAUGACUGUUUACAUUUUGUGCAGAGUGUUGUACAGAAUAUUCUAGAUAUUGUAAUUUGCCUCCUUUUUGCUACUUAAUUUAUUAUGCCAGAAACAGUGUUACUGACAAUCAAGCUUCUUGAAGCUGUUCUCCAGUGGUUUGCACUGUUCAGUCUGUCCUGGUUUGUAAUUGUAAUUUAAAUGUAUAGAUCUGGUGGGUAAGUAAAUUCUGUGCAAUGUAUUGAAUGUAGUAAAUAAAAAUCAUCUGUGGCAUUUU